AAAAGUUAUGCAGUGUCGUUACAUAUACCGUGUAGUCUGCGAGGCGCACUAGAAAUGCCCGCAGGAUAGAUUAGAUAAAUUUCCUUCCAUAAACACGAUCCCAUUCUGUGUGAUGUAUGUGGUGUACGUGUAUUAUGUGUGGUGUGUGUGUGUGUUGUGUGUGUUGUGUGUGAUGUGUCGUGUUUGUGUUUUGUGUGUUGUGUUUUGCGUGGCGUUUUCUGUGUUUUAUCUUUUAUUUGGCGUGUUUUUGUUUCUUUUUUCUUUUUCUUUUUCUUUUCUUUUUCUUUUUCUUUUUCUUUUCUUUUUCUUUUUCUUUUCCCUUUUCUUUUUUUUUUCUUUAUGGGUUUGGAUCAAGGAUGGUUUGGUUUGGGUUGGGCUUUGGAUUCGGAUACAGGAUUGGUGUUUGUUGGGUUUGAAUUUGGGUUUGGGUUUGGGACAUUUGGGUGGGAUGGGAACAACAACAACUACAGAGAUACCCCCUUACGACUUUAGGACCACCACCGAGAAAUGUUGAUCAUGACUCGCGACAAUGGAAUGACUUAUUAAUUUUCUACAAUUUUUGGUUCUUUUCGCUGUAUAUGCGUAUCCGUCCUUCGCAUCUAAUUGUUUGGUUUUGGAAUAUGUUCU